GCAGGAUUUUUAUGUCACGCACUCGCUUCUUUAGCUUUUAGCUGGACGGCUAACAUCAACAUGAUGCUCAUAUUCUGAUAUUAAGCAGAAAUCAAGGAACAGACAGGGCUGAAUGGGAUAGACGGCAGGCCUUUGCCUGGAGCCACAUGAACCAAGAUGCCUCAGAACAUCCUCAAGAGCACUCAUUACAUUGAGCUGGGCAGUUAUCAGUACUGGCCUGUGCUUGUGCCGAGAGGGAUUCGAUUAUACACCUAUGAACAGAUCCCAGUGUUUCUGAAGGAGAAUCCGUACAUCACAGAUGGAUACAGAGCACACCUGCCAUCCAAACUGUGCCUCAAAAGCAUAUUCAUUCUGUCCAAUGAGACGGUGAACAUCUGGAGUCAUCUGCUUGGGUUCCUGCUGUUCUUCUCGCUGGGAGUGAAUGACAUGGCCACAGUCCUGCCGUCUGCGGGGGCGUCACAAGAGGACUAUGUCAUUUAUUCAAUAGGACUGUUUUGUUUUCAGGUUUGCAUGCUGUGCUCUGUGGGCUAUCACUUGUUCUGCUGUCAUCGCUCGGAGAAGACGUGUCGCCGCUGGCUUGCUCUGGACUAUGCUGGAAUAUCUGUGGGGAUUUUGGGAUGUUAUGUGCCUGGAGUCUUCUAUGCCUUCUACUGCAACAGUUUUUGGAGGCAGGUGUACCUGCUGACGGUGCUGGCGCUCAUCUUGGCUGUGUUUGUGGCUCAGAUUCAUCCGCUCUACCUCACACAGCAGUGGAAGAAACUGCGCUCUGUCAUGUUCUGCUCUGUGGCCGGAUACGGCAUCAUCCCAGCCUGCCACUGGGUCUGGAUCAAUGGAGGAUUUGACUCUGAAAUCGUAAAGGUGUUUUUUCCUCGAGUCAUGAUCAUGUAUUUGAUUGCCGCCUCAGCAUUCCUUUUCUACGUCAGUAAAAUCCCAGAACGAUACUUUCCAGGUGAAUUGUCUAUUCUAAAUUGCUGUAUUUUAUUAAAGGAAUAGU